AUGAGAACCGCCGUCCGGCGCGCCCCCCCCGAACCCGUCACCGACGUGACCGUCAUCAUCCGCUCUCAUGGCGAGGACGUUCCUCAGGGGUACACCUGCAUCGAGCGGACCCCGGGGGCCACAGCGCCGACCUCAGCACCAGCCUCCUCACUAACCAGCAGCUGUACCUGUGCUACCGCCGGGGGGAGGGACAAGAUGCCCAUCACAGAGCUGGGGGUCCACUAUGAGGGGAAGGAGACCGUGAAGGCCGGAUUCGAAGUCCUCGAGACCACGCCGUACAGCCACUCCGCCAACCUCAGCUCCGGGGCCCCCGGGCAGCCCAGAACCUUCCUCAUCUUCAAGAGGGCCCCCGAGUCCCUGGGACUCAACACGCUGGGGGUCAUGGACAUCUGUAUUAUUAAUCCCAGCAAAGGGGAGAGCACACCCCAUACCUUCUGUAAGGUGGACCGGAACCUGAACACCAGCAUGUUUGGCCCCGCCCUCUUUCUCUGCUACAAGAAGGCCAUGGCGAAGACGCACAGCUUGGUGUAUGAAGCAGGGGUGAUCAGCCGAUUUCCGGAGACGGACAACGAGCUCUUCCCGUUCCCAGAACUGGUCGCUAUGUUCUGCCUGCCGAUGGGGGCCACCAUCGAGAGCUGGUCACUGAACACCAAGUACCACCUACCAGUCUUCUCCACCUUCGUGCUGACCGGAGCGUCUGGGGACAAGGUAUACGGAGCCGCCAUCCAGUUCUACGAGCAAUAUCCUCGGGAGGAUCUAUCGGAGAAGCAGUGCCAGCGCCUUGGCCUGAUCAGCGUGGUGGACAGACGCCCCAUCAGCAGCAAGUCCGUUCAGACCAAGAAAAGCAUCUGCGUUCUGUCCCACUGGCCGUUCUUCGACGUCUUCCAGAAGUUUCUGACGUUCAUCUAUCGCUACUCCAUCUCUGGCCCCCAUGUCCUGCCCAUAGAGAAACACAUCUCCAACUUCAUGUUCAAUGUCCCCUUCCCGUCCCCGCAGAGACCGCGCAUCCUCAUCCAGAUGUCUUCAUACGACAACGUCCUGCUGUGCCAGCCCGUGUCUUCUCCCCUCCCCCUCAGCGGUGCGAGUUACGUGACGUUCCUCCAGAAUCUGGGCCCGGAGAAUGCGGUGACGCUACUUCUCGCCGUCCUCACUGAACAGAAGCUGCUCAUUCAUUCGCAGAGGCCGGACGUCCUGACCAGCGUGGCGGAGGCCCUGGUGUCUAUCAUCUUCCCUCUGCGGUGGCAGUGCCCCUACAUCCCUCUCUGCCCGCUGACUCUCGCCGACGUGCUCUGUGCUCCGGUGCCGUUCAUCGUCGGCAUCCACUCCAGCUACUUCGACCUCCAUGACCCCCCUCAGGAUGUGCUGUGUGUGGACCUGGAUACCAACACCUUGUUCCAGAGCGAAGAGAAGAAGAUCCCCUCCUAUCAGACGUUACCCCGCAGACCCUGCAAAGUCCUCCGCAACUGCCUGAGCGACCUCCACAAACAGCUAGACGAGAUGUACAACAAGCCCAUGGAGGAAGCUUCUCUGGAGUUCCUGCUGAAAGACUACGAUCUGAUCUAUGGGCGGCGCACGCAGCUGGAGCUGGAUGUACGAGCCUCCUUUCUCAGAUUCAUGUCCUGCUUGUUCAAGGGAUACCGGUCCUACCUCCUGCCAAUCACACAGGCGCCCUCAGAACGAACGCGGGACUCCAGCAACCUGUUCAACGUGGAGGGUUUCAAGAAGUCCAGGGACCGAGCCCACCAAAAAUUCUACUCGCAGCUGGUGAAGACUCAGAUGUUCACGCAGUUUAUCGAAGACUGCUCCUUCGUUAAUGAGCGGCAUGCGUCUCUGGAGUUUUUCGAUAACUGCGUGGAGAAGGUGCAGGUAGAUGGGGAGAAGAUGGAAGAUCUGCAUCUUGUAGAGCUGGACGAAUCUCACCGCAGUGAACAUACCGUUUUUAUCAUGCCUGCCGAGGAACCACAGGACCCCCAUGGCAUAGAGCUACCAGCCCAGUACAAGUAUGAAACCUUCCCAGUUCUCCAGAGAGACCUGUUUGAGCUUCCACAAGAUCUGCUGAUGGCGCCCCCUACCCAGUCAAAAACUAGCGCCCCUAGCAGCCCUGCACCUCGGCGAACCAAACAAGAGAUCAAGUCUGCCCAGCGGGUGGCCCAUAUCUAUUCUUCCAUACCGGAGAUGUGGGCCAAGUGUCUUCUGGGGCAUUGCUACGGCUUGUGGUUCAUCUAUCUGCCCACCUUCGUCAGGGCCACCGCUUCCAAGGUGCGAGCUCUGCAGACCGCCUACGAUGCUCUGAAACAGAUGGAGACGAAGAACGUGGUCCUCCCGGACGAGGUCUGUUACCGGAUCCUGAUGCAGCUGUGCGGUCAGUACGGGGAGCCGGUGUUGGCCGUGCGCGUGAUGCUGGAGAUGCGGAAAGCGGGGAUCGUCCCCAACGCCAUCACCUACGGUUACUAUAACAAGGCUGUGCUGGAAAGCAAAUGGCCGUCCAGCAGCCAGAGCGGAAGACUACGCUGGGCCAAGCUGAGGAAUGUGGUUCUGGGGGCCGCCCAGUUCCGUCAGCCGCUGCGGCAGAGGCAUCCCAGCUCCCAGUCUGUGACGCAAAGCGAGGAACCGUCAGCCAGCAGGUCGAACGGUGAGAGAGGUCCAAGGCUGUUCUUUAGCCCAAAUUUGCAACCCCCCCCCCCCCCCCUCCACCUUCUGCGGCAGACCACCUGGGCCGGGCACACUAGCCGGGUGUCUGAAGACGGCUCGUCGGGGAAGCUGGUUAAGAGUUGGAGCGUCAGCUGUACCCAGAGCGAUGCCUGCAUGCUGGAAAUGGGAGUGACGCACAGAUCAUCCAUUAGGAGGACCUGCGGGACGCCCCUCAUACUCCAACCCUCGGAAAACGGGAGCUUGUCGAACGUCAGUUACCUGACGGACGGGACGGGCAGCGAGACUGUGACCUCAGAGGAGUCCGAGCUCAUUAUGACCGAAAGUUCCUCAGAAGCCCUGACCAAUCAGAGCCGCAGCGAGGACGAGGGAUCCACCCACUCCAGAGACCCUUCCAGGAGGCGGAGUCUGGCUGGGAAGAUCCAGCAGCUGCUAACGCCCUCCAGAAAGCCUUCCAGGUCCUCCAUCUUCAAGAGGAGCGGACAGUUGGGAGAGGCCCCAUCACCGUUGGCAUUGGCAGAGCAUCGUCAUAGUUGGAGGAGCCAAAAGGAGAGUACCAGAAGACCCGAGUCCAUCGCUUCUGAGGUGAGGUCCUGUGUGUGA